CAAGCUCAAGCAGAGGCAGCUCCUGCACCACUAAGCGUUUCAAGUGCAAGGACCAGCGUGCUGGGCCGACCCAGUGACCAGGUUCCCAGGAAUCGACCACCAAUCAGCGAUGUCUCCGCUCGGGCCUUGGUGCCGUGCAUGGAGGGAGAGGAGCCCUUUCCUGAGCACCUGCAUGAGCACCUGCCUGAGCCCCUGCCUGAGCCCCUGCCUGAGCCCCUGCCUGAGCCCCUGGCUGAGCACCUUCCUGAGCUACUUCCUGAGCGUCUUCCUGAGCCCCCUCCAGAGCCCCGUCCUGAGGACCUCGGCGAGGAUUUUGCAAACAGGUCAUCAACUCCACUAUUCCAGGAACACGAAGGACAGGUUCAUGUGGGGUGCAACCUUCUUAUACCCUGUGGCAAGUUGAAGUUGGUAUUCAAAGCUACGUGUGAUUCGAAGUGUGCCAAGGAUGCAUCCAGGACAAUGUGGACGACGCCUCAACUACUUGAACGAAGCGUGAGCAGCAGGCCCUGCAACAGGUUCAAAAAACUGGGUGCUCAAGGGAAGGUUCCCAUGACGCCGGAAAAGAAGAUUGCUGUUCGCAACAUGUUGGAGAAGUACAUACGCGACCAUCCAACAGAACAAGAGACCAAAAUAAUGCUGGACAAAGAAUUGAAGCCAGAAGAGAAAGCAGUCGCUACUGCUAAAAUUCGGGCCGACCGGCUGAAGAAUACAAACAAGUAUAUCUCUGAGCUGGUCAAUGACCUAACGAAGAAACACAGAAUCAAGCGAGCCCUUCUUGCAGAGCAGAGUGAGUUGCCUGGCAGUGAUUGUGCCUGAAAACACAGAAAAGAAGAGGUGUCAAGUGAAAGAGGACAAUAAAACGAGGUCUUGUUUAUAAAUUAA